AUUAAUAUUAUACAAAUAUAGCAAAAUAAUAUCCGACAUUUGCUAGCUUUAGUUGACAAUAAACCUUCCGAAAACUUAUUACUGCUAAAUAAUGACAAUGGAGAUGAUGUUUGAAAAGAAAAUGAUGAGACAAUAUAAGUAAAUGUCUUACUUUAUUUUUUCUGUUGUUUAAAAUCUAUCUAAAUACUAACAAUGCCGUGGAUUCAUAUUUUUAAUAUACUAAUUCUAGUGAAUUUUCAGUAUGGAAAUGGACAAAGAUUUGUCGGUCAAUCCUGCAAGAUCUUUUAUGAUAUUUCUCCUAUAAGUGUUAUCUGUAAUGUGACCAGUGGAGAUACAUGGCGCCUGGACAAUUUUCGUGAACUUAUGAACGGUACAAAAAAGUCUUACUUAGGAGACGAUCAAUAUACAUUGAAAAUAGAAUGUCAUGGUGGUGGAAAUAUAAGUAUAAGACAACCAAUUAAAUUACCGGGAAUGACAUCAUUAACCGUAAGGAACUGUUACAUUACUGAUUAUUAUGAUUAUGAUUUUUCACAAGAAGUUUCGUCGAUCGAGUCGGUACUGCAAAAUUUGAAAUUUACCAACUGCAAAAUAGAAUACAGAAGCUUAGUUCAUAUAAACCACGUUCAGAAAAAUUAUAAAAAGUUACUGGCAUAUGAGAAAUGUCAAAUAUCUAAUACUUUACGUACUUUUAUUUUUCAAAAUAGUUCUAUCGAUUAUUAUAACCCGAAACGGCCAUAUACCAGAAAAGAAAAGAAAUUGAAACUGGAUUAUGAUAAUGAACUGAAACUGGACUAUUAUAAUGAACUGAGACUGCUUAGGAAAUGUGCUCAUAACAAUCUCACGUAUGUUGAAAUAUCUUCUCUUGGUAGAAUCCCCGCUGAAGUAACGAUUAACAAUUUAUUACAGAACGGCAUAUUCAACUCCUUGAGUGUUAUUAACUUGACUAAAAAUGGGUUAAAACGGGUACCGAGUAGUUUGUUCACAGACUCUAUGUACCAAACUAUCGAUAGACUUUCGAACAUCGAUCUUUCCAGGAAUAAUAUUGAGGAUAUUAGCUUUCUUUACAUGUAUUAUGAUUUCGAUGGUAAUCUAAACGUUGAUUUGACAGGGAAUAGAAUAACUGAACUAUCAAAUCUUGACACGAACAAGUUAAAAUCGUUUUCUGGGUUCAGAAAUAAAAUUAAUUUAAGAGAAAAUCCACUUAAAUGUACAUGUUACCAAAAAUUAUUUUACGAAUUCAUUGCGAAGAUUAAUGACAAGGAGAUGAGUCAAUAUACAUAUCUUAAAUCAAUGCAGUGUUUAGAUCAAGAAAGCGAUAGAAACUCGAAAAACAUAUCUGAAUUUUCCUUCAAGGGCAUGUGUAAGAAAACUCAUAGUGUAGUGUGUGUCAAAGAGGGAAUCUCUGAAAUAUACAAAUGUUCUUUCAUAGGAUUUUCGCUAGUUUUUCUAACCAUUGUCUUCACGUGUCUAAUUUCUAAGUACAAAUAUAAAAUUAAGCAACUGUAUAGAGUAAAAACUACCGAUCAGUGCCAUUGUCCAGAUAACCCAAAAUGUUACGACGCUUUUAUUUCAUACAGCUCGUCAGAUGAACGAUGGGUGUACGAUGUAUUGUGCACGAAACUGAAAUCGUUGUUACCAGAUAUCAAUCUUUGCCUGCACCACAAAGAUUUCAUACCAGGUGCAUGCAUAGCAGAGAAUAUCAUCAAUAGCGUUGAGAAUAGCAGAUACACUCUGCUUAUAUUGUCAUUAAAUUUUAUCGAAAGUGAAUGGUGCCAAAUGGAAUUUCAGAAGGCUUUUCAUCAAACAUUGAAACACCGACGCCACUUACUUGUUUUGCUCAUUGAAGACAUUGACUUUAGUUUAUUAGACUAUGAUCUUAGAUUUUUCCUCCAAACCUAUACAUAUCUAAAAUAUUCCGAGAAACUGUUCUGGCAAAAACUUGCAGGGACAUUACAGAUGUCAAGAGAUGAGGCUAAGACAUUAAGUCACUCAACUAAUCAAGUUUUUAAUCAACUUCUUCCACCAGACUAUGAUUCAUGUGUAUAAAAUCAAACAUUUAUUCAUUUAUUUAUGUAUGUGACGAUUUUUUUUUUAAAUAUUGUCAUGCUCUCCAUACAGCAUGUACUUCGUCAAUGCUUAAAUGCAUAUCCAAAUAAACUUAAAAAAAGAGAAGCAUUCAAUUCUUUUUUAAACGCAAUUAAUCUUAUAUGUUUCAGUUAUCGGCAUUGAAAAUCAGCGCUGGAAAACAUUAAAUCCCCAGUAUAAUCCAGUUGUCAUGGAGUCAUUUUAGACCUCAGUUUGUAUUUUAGUGAAAAUUUAGUUUUCAGCAAAAAGGCCGCGAUAAGUGUAAGAUAGUUUAUAUAUUUUAAGCCAAUUUCGAAGCUGCAGUAUUAAUUAAAAAUAUUUUUGUCAGUUUAUUUUCGUUCAUUAUUGUUGAAGGAAAUUAUUUUUUCUCGAAAUAUUUAGGAUAAGAAUUUCAAAUCUAACAGAUAUUUAUUUUGGCAUUUGUCACUUAAGAUUUUCUCUUUGUUAGGCAUUAUUUUUAUCAAUUUAAGAUGUUUAACGACAAGCUAAGUGGACUCAAUUAGACUUUUUUUUCUAUACUAAUUCUAUUGUCCGGUAAACUUUUAAGUAAAGUUGAAGUUAA